AUGGUUUCGGGUUUUGCGAAGGCGGAGAGAACUAUGAAGUGUUUGCAUAUUCGUAAGCUGCAUCUUUGGCCGAGAUUUCAGGUUUAUGUUUCGCAGGAGCUUGAGCAGGACCCGCCGGAUGUUGUCGAUAUUAGGGUUCCGAUGAGAAGACGAAUAAGGUUUAAUUACGUUGAAAUACCCGCAAUUGGAGUAGUUCACAGGCGGUGGCAUCUGUGGAGGAGACUCUAUGAUUUGUACCUUGGGAAUAAGCAAUUUGCGGUGGUUGAGAAUCCUGGCUUGUGGAAUUGGACAUUCACCUUGAAAGAUAUUGAUGGUGAGGUACUUGCUCAAGUAGAUCGAGAUUGGAGGGGCUUUGGCUUUGAGAUUCUAACUGAUGCUGGUCAGUAUGUGAUUCGAUUUGGAGGUUCUGAUCCCAGCUCCAAGAUUGGUCUUGCUAAUGCGAUUCAAGACCUUGAUGUCAGACGUCCACUGACCCUCGCAGAGAGAGCUGUUGCAGUAGCUCUUGCAAUAUCACUAGAUAAUGACUACUUCUCAAGACACGGAGGCUGGGGAUUACCCUUCUUUGACGUGGGCGAGUAAAUUUGAUUUGACAGACAGUAUCAUCUAAUUUUAUAGUGGCAUUGUAAUCCCUGAGGUCCAAUCCUUACCAUGUAGUUUUUAAAUUUGUGUUUCAAGCUACCACAGAAGAUGACUCCAUUCACGUACACAUGAUAGGUGGUACUUGGUACUGGGUCUAUUGAUUCAUGUAACAAAAUAAGAAUUUUGACUGAUAUUAACUUUUGUCUGUUGAUUACUUUUU